CUCCCUUGCCAGCCGUGUUGUUUUUUUGUUUUUUUUUUUUGAUAUUCUUUGUUCUCUUUGUUGUCAGUUCGUCUGGUGACAUAUUCGCGGACCAGUUUCUCCUAACUGCCUCCUCGAGCGCCAUGUCGUCCUUCAAGAGCAUCGCAGUUGCUGCCUUACAGCUAGGCCUUCUAGCGAAUACAGGGCUCGCGAGGUCAUGUCAACGAGCUCCGAGGCUGGGCGCUGUCGCAUCUGAAAGCUCCGUCUGUUCCAAGAUCGGGACUGACCUACUCCAGGCCGGUGGAAAUGCCGCCGAUGCCCUUGUCGGAACUGUGCUCUGUGUCGGUGUUAUCGGCAUGUAUCACAGCGGCAUAGGCGGCGGCGGUUUUAUGCUCGUGCGAGGUAGCGAUGGGAAGUACGAGUUUAUCGAUUUCCGAGAGACGGCCCCAGCUGCUGCUUUCGAGGAUAUGUAUAAUAACAACACCGACGCCAGCUUAUAUGGCGGCCUGGCUAGCGGUGUCCCGGGAGAGCUUAGAGGUCUGGAGUACCUGCACAAGAACUACGGAAAGCUCCCGUGGGCCGACGUGGUGAAACCUGCCGUGAAGGUCGCCCGGGAUGGUUUCGAGGUGACCGAAGAUCUCGUCAAGUACAUCGCAUCCACGACACCAAAUAACUUCCUCAAAGAUGACCCUGCCUGGGCUGUCGACUUCGCCCCGAACGGCUAUAUAGUCAAACUAGGCGAGACCAUAACGCGCAAGCGCUACGCUGACACUCUGGAAAUUAUCGCCAGAGAGGGUGCGGAUGCAUUUUACACGGGCGAUAUCGCUAAGGCCACCAUUGCGGCCCUUCGAGCCAACAACGGAACCAUGACGCUCGAGGACCUGAAGAACUACACCGUUGCGAUCAGGAAGCCUUCCGAGAUUAAGUAUCGGGGCUAUAAGCUUACGAGCAUCAGCGCCCCAUCGAGCGGUGUGGUGGCUCUCAGCGCCUUAAAAGUCGUCGACGGCUACGAGAAUUUCGGCAAUCCCGCUGCGGUCAACCUGACGACUCACAGGUUAGACGAAGCCAUCAAGUUUGCGUACGGCCAGCGAUCCGAACUCGGCGAUCCCUCUUUCGUUGAAGGCCUCGAUGAAUAUCAGGAGUCCAUGCUUUCCGACGCGACUGCUGCCGAGGUGCGCUCCAAAAUCUCCGAUUUCCAGACUCAGGACGUCUCGUACUAUGACCCCAAAGGUCUCGAGAGUCUUGACACUCCGGGCACAAGUCAUAUCGUCACCGCCGACAAGAGCGGGUUGGCUAUUAGUCUUACGACGACCAUCAACUUGCUCUUCGGAUCUCGACUCAUCGUACCCGAGACCGGCGUUAUUAUGAACGACGAAAUGAACGACUUCUCCAUACCCAACUCGAGCAACGCGUUUGGCUAUAUUCCCAGCCCGGCGAACUUCAUCCGCCCGGGGAAGAGGCCGCUAUCUUCGAUCUCAGGGACCAUAGUCGAGACAGCCGACGGCAAGCUGUACUUUGUCAUAGGAUCCGCCGGUGGUAGCCGCAUCAUCACAGCUACUGUUCAGAACAUCCACCACGUGCUCGAUCAGAACUAUACGACGGCCGAGGCGCUGGCGGAACCCAGACUGCACGACCAGCUCAGCCCUCCGCAGAUCUCGUUCGAGUACUUGUACGAUAAUAGCACGGUCGCGUACCUGAAGUCUCUGGGGCACAACGUGACCUGGGUGGCGCCCGGCCAGAGCACGGCGCAGGGUCUGCGAUUGUUGCCGAACGGCACCUUCGAAGCGGCUGGAGAACCACGGCAGAAGAACUCGGGCGGCUUCGCGGUAUAAGGGCUCGGAUGACGGACUGUACUAUAUAGAAAAGAUUUAUGUUGAUAUGAUAUCCUUGAUGUUCGGGCCAUUUCCGUUGUACCAAUUCCUCAUCUUUACCCCUUAGAUAUCUGUUUAUUGGAUCGGCAGCUGAGAGAAGCUCGUUAAAUAAAUUAUAAAUCUAAAAUAUUAAUUCAAACUUAUUGGAUCGAGUCUAGUUCGUGUCUGUGUCUGGAUUCAUCUCAAUUUACAGUUGUUUAUAUUUUGUAACGCCCUGAGUCCGCUAUAGUUGAAGAGCGCGGU